AUUUGUAGUGUCCCGUGAGCAGCCACAGUCUCCUCAGACACAGCCCCGAGGGGAGCUUUAGGGCUCCCUCUGGAGGAAAACCGUUAGCCGGGGCCGGCUGCCGUGCGAGUUAUCUGGCGGCCUCGGCGGCGGCGGCUGCUGUAGCCGUCGCCGCCGGAGACGGCUCUGGAGUUCGUGAGCUUCCCUGGACCCGGCGCUGAGAAGAAAGUUAAGCGCCCUGGGCACGGGCGAUGAUGCUAGAAGGAGCUCAAGCAACCGAGUACAGGCGCCGAUAGCGGAGACCCAACGGCUGGACAACAUAGCUGGAGCCCGUGGCGUGCCUUCCCCGGACCAAUCUUCCCGCCGAUCUGGGCGGCGGCGGCGGCGACGGUCACGGCGGCGACGGCGCUCAUUGUGGCAGUGGUGGCGACGCCAGAAGAAGCAGAAGAAAAGGCAGCGAAAGCGGCUCCGGUCUCCGCGGCCCAGCACCCCGAAGCCCUAUUCCCCGAAGCAGGACGAGGUAUGCGCGGAUGCUGCGGCUGCGGCUCCGGCUGCGCCUUUAGGAUCUCCUCCACCCCAGCCUUCCUCGCCUCGGUUGCCUGAACCCCGAAAAGUUCGAUCCCCACGGCCCCGGCGCCGGCGGCACAGGCGGAGGAUCAUGGAACUCGAGAACCUCAUGGCCAACACUCUGCUGCUGAAGGCUCGUCAAGGAUUUAGCAAAAAAAGUGGUCGUAGUAGAAAAUGGAGAGAGCUCCUGAAGUUGCCCCCAGUCAGCCUAUGCAGCGAACUAAGAUGCUCCAUCGAAAAGGAUUUUAGCAGCCUUUGUGACAAGCAGCCAAUAGGAAGACUUCUUUUCAGACAAUUCUGUGAUACAAAACCAGAUCUUAAAAGGUGCAUUGAAUUCUUGGAUGCAGUGGCAGAGUAUGAAGUUACCAUUGAAGAGAACCAAAGAGAAUUUGGGCUCUCCAUUUUACAGAGUUUCUUCAAAGAGAAGUCAGAAGUCCCCUUACCACAGAUACCACCAGCUGUUGUGAAGCAAUGUAAAUGGAAUUUGAAGAAGAAUUCUUUCCCUAAAAAUGUUUUUGAGGAAUGCAGUAGAAUUGUCUAUGACUAUUUGAGUGAAACACCAUUUGAGGAAUACCAAGACAGUCCAUUCUUUUGCCGAUUUUUACAAUGGAAAUGGCUAGAAAGGCGGCCAGUAACAAAGAACACAUUCAGGCAUUACAGAGUUCUAGGAAAAGGCGGAUUCGGAGAGGUUUGUGCCUGUCAAGUACGAUCUACAGGAAAAAUGUAUGCCUGCAAAAAACUAGAAAAAAAAAGAAUAAAGAAGAGGAAAGGUGAAACUAUGGCUCUGAAUGAAAAACGAAUCUUAGAAAAAUUGCACAGUAGGUUUGUAGUUAGUUUAGCCUACACUUAUGAAACCAAGAAUGCCUUGUGUUUGGUGCUAACCCUUAUGAAUGGAGGGGAUUUGAAGUACCACAUUUACAACAUGGGAAAUCCUGGCUUUGAUGAGCCGAGAGCUGUGUUCUAUGCGGCAGAGCUGUGCUGUGGCUUGGAAGAUUUGCAGAAGGAAAGAAUUGUAUACAGAGACCUAAAGCCUGAGAAUAUCCUCCUUGACGAUCAUGGACACAUCCGAAUUUCAGAUCUUGGUCUAGCUCUGGAAGUCCCAGAAGGGGAGAUGGUUCGAGGAAGAGUUGGUACUGUUGGCUACAUGGCUCCAGAAAUUAUCAAUAACGAAAAAUAUGCAUUUAGUCCUGAUUGGUGGGGACUUGGGUGUCUGCUUUAUGAAAUGAUUGCGGGACAUUCUCCAUUCAAAAAAUAUAAAGAGAAAGUCACCCGGGACGAACUGGAAAGAAGAGUGAAGAAUGAGACUGAGAAGUACUCUGAGAUAUUUUCAAAGGAUGCCAAGUCCAUCUGCAGCAUGUUACUCAUCAAGGAUCCAAGUCAACGGCUAGGCUGUCAGAAUGAUGGAGCUGCUGCUGUAAAGCAGCACCCAGUGUUCAAGAACAUUAACUUCAGCAGGCUGGAAGCAAAUAUGUUGGAGCCCCCUUUCUAUCCUGAUCCUCAGGCCAUUUAUUGUAAGGAUGUCUUGGAUAUUGGGCAGUUCUCUGUGGUGAAAGGAGUCAAGCUGGACAGCAGUGAUGACACCUUCUAUGCCCAAUUUGCUACAGGCUGUGUCACCAUCCCCUGGCAGAAUGAGAUGAUUGAUUCUGGAUGUUUCAAGGACAUCAAUGAAAGUGAAGAUAAAUACUUGCCAUCACAUAAAAAAGAGAAGAUGUGUCCCUCCAUUCUCAGACCAAAGAGAAAUUUCUUCCGUAGUCUCUUCAGAAGAGGGGGCUGCUUGAACAUUGUCCCCAGUGAGGAGAGGGAGCCAACACAACGCUGACCGUUCACUGUGCAGACCUCAGAGCAAGACCCUGGUGUUAAGAAGGAACCUGUUACAUACUCAGUGUCUUGUCCUUUCCAUGAAUUGUAAUAAACAGUCUGUAACACUGUUAAUAAUGUGCUUUCAUAUA